AUGGCGGCAUCAACACUCACGAGUAGUUCCUACUACGACCGCCGCGUCGUCGGCCGGGUUCACAGCUACCAAUGGCCCGGCGUCCAGCUGAACCUCUGGAUCCUCAUCAUGCUCGUCGCGUCGUGCCUCAUCAUCGGCGUCUUUGCGUCCUUUAUCGAGAUCCAGAACCAGCUGCUCCUGCCGAUACCAUGGUCCGUGACGGGAACCCCCCCCCCCCCCAUGCGCUGCUGCGGGCGCAAUGCUGACGAUAGCAGGUACUUCCCCUACUACAUCACCGUCGCGUCGCUCGUCAUCAUCUUCAUCGGCCUGCUGCUCUAUCUCGUCUACCAGCGCCGCCUGCUGCCCGCCAUCGUCAUGAUUGGCGCGUUCAUCCUGUUCGUGCUGUGGUUUGUCGGCCUCGUGGUCGUGAGCAUCCAGCUCUGGGGGCCGGACGGGUCGGUCUCGAGUACGUGCAACCUUGCCGUGUUCAAUCGCAACCCGACGGGCCAGAGCCUGGAUACCCUUGCGUGGCUGCAGCAGAGGAGUAUAUGUCAAGCCUGGCAGGCGGUGUUUUCGUUUGCGCUUGUCGGGGCGUUGUUUUUGGUCUGGAUCAUGGUGAUGGCGUUCCAGGUCUUUGCCGCAUCGUGA